AUGAAUUUUGAGAAUUUUCGUCGCACUGGUGAAUUAUCCGACAUAACUGUUUUGGUUGAUGAUACUGAAUUUAAACUUCACACAUUUCCAUUAUUUACAAAAAGUGAUUUUUUUAAAAAGACGGUGGAGUCAUCAUCUAAACAGCAACGGGAGUCAGAUUCAAAUCAUUAUCUAACCGUUAGACUUGACAAAUUUCCUGGAGGUAAAAAUGUAUUUAGUCAAAUGGCGGACUUUUUCUAUAAUAUUCCCAUACCGAUUGAUCAUUCCAAUAUCAUUGUUUUACGAUCAGCUGCCUGUUUUGUUGAUUGUUCCACAUUGGCGACGAUGUUAGAUAACCGCAUCGAUGAUAUUUUACUUGUUGCUCGAUCAAAACAUGAUUUGAGCAUCCCUCUUGUAUUAUUAGAACAAUGUAUUGAAUAUAUUCCGUGGGCAAAACAAGCACACAUUGUUGACAAAUGUUUAGAAUCAAUAAUUGAUUCACUAUUGAGAAUAGCUGGAACGAAUGGUGGAGCUGGUGGUGCUAACAAAUUAGGAUAUCAUAGUUUAUUGAAAAUUGAUCAACUAUUAACAAAAUCGGAUAGAGAAAUAAUUGGACGAUUACCAUUAGCUUGGUUGGAAGAAUUUAUUAAACUAAGUUCCGAUUCUAAAUUAUCGAUUGUGGGUAUUGUGGCCAUAAUUAAACAUUACUUAACGUCCACAAUCAUAAUUGAACACGACAAUGAUGAUCAAUUGAAUCAUUCACAUACGAAUAGUUCACCAAAAUCAUUUCGAGAUAAUACAUCGGGUGCCUUUACACCAGUGAAAAAACAAGAUCCUACGACUGCUAAUGGAGUAACAGCAACUCAACAUGAAAAAAAAAUAAGUGUUGUUCACAGUGAUGAUGAUAAACGAAAAAUUCUUGAUCAUGUUAUUAAAUUAUUAGACCAAACGGCGUUCUACGAAUAUGUUCCAUUAUCUUGGCUAAUUACUUGUCAUCAACAUGCACAAGAAUUUAAUUGUGAAUGUGAACAAACAUUAUCAAAAUGGAUUAUAUGUGCUCUUUUAUGUACAGCUGAUGAAGAUAUUAAUAAUAUACCAGAAGAAACAAUGACAUGUGUACUAGAAGAAGUUGGUAAACAUAAAGAUCAAGUAAAAGAUCCAAUUAUGUUACAUAAACUUUCUACGUUAGUCGAUUCUUAUGUAGAAAACUUACGUAGUCGAGGAACUUUGACAAGUGAAAAAUUUGUUAAAUUAGCAUCUUGUGUGCCAAAAGAACAACGUGAUUCACACGAUAGUUUACUAUUAGCACUUGAUAAUAUAUUAAAAAAUGAAAAAAUUAAUUUGAAUGCAUCAGAACGUCAAGAAUUAUUAUCACAAAUUGAUUUUUCAAAAAUAACUGAAGAAACAAUAAAUCAUUGUAAAAAUAAUGAAAUGAUACCACAAAAAUUAAUAACCGAUGCUGCACUGUCACUAUGUUCAAAAUUACGAACAGAAUUAGAUGAAACAAAAAAUCGACUACGUAGCAUUGAAAAUGAUAUAAUUAAAACGAGAAUAACAACAUCGUCGUCAAUACCCUACUCAACAACAAACGCCAACCAUCGAUCGCGUUUGUACGAAUCAUUACGUGUACCACCGACACAGUCUCGAGCAAGAUCAAUGCUUCCACAAUCCUAUGAGUCAUCGUCAAUUAACAAUUCAAAAUAUGAUUUAGAUGGAGAUUAUUCCACUUACAAUAAUGAUAUACCACGAUAUUCAGCUUAUAAUAGAUAUUCAACAGCCUAUAGAUAUUAA